AUGGAGAGAUCUCAACAUAUCAUCAAGUUGGGUGGUUAUCAUCGAAUAUUCUGUUCUUCUGCCUGCCAGGAAAAUGCUAACAAACAUGAGGAUGAACUGUCGACACUUCAGGAAAAGAUAGAAUCGCUUGAAAAGAAAAUUCGAGAGAAGGAUAAGUACUUAGAAAGGCUCAAGAGAAACAGUCAAGUUUUCGAAGAAGAAGUCUCCAAUGCGGAGAAAACACUGGUUUUACAACUAAAAAAAUUAAACAAACGCAACACGGCAUUAGAAGAGGAAAUUAAGGAAAUAAAAGGCAGCAAAGAAAAAAUAAAUGCUGAACUAGAAUCUGCAAGGGACGCAAAGCAGGUUUUAGAAGUAAAAAUAAAGGAAUUAACUGCCCUUAACAGAGACAUGGUUGUCACAAUAGAAACGCUGGAAAAGGAUAAUCAAGCCUAUUUAAAAGAGACUAAAGAAAUACAGCUUAAACUUCUUAGUAUUCAAAUUGUUAACAACGUUGAACAACAGUCUUAUGAAACAGAUAUGGAUGAAGUUCGUAAGAUGUCAGAAAGCAUGUUAACAUCUAUAAAGGUUUUAGAAAGUGAAAAUCAGCAAUAUUCUUGUGAAAUUAAUAGAUUAGAGGACAUAAUUCGCAAACUAAAAUCUGCUAAUGCAAAACCAGAAAAUAAUUCUCACAUACCUUACUCCAAACAAGUGCUCAGAAAGGAGGACAAAAGGAAGAAAAUAUUAAUUCUUUGUGACGAAGCUGGUAGAGGCUUAAAUGGAUUGCUGGAAAAGAAGUUUAAACAAGACUAUUGUGUGCAGUGUAUAAUCAAACCUGGUGCCCCUUAUGUGGAUGUUAUACAUAACAUGGAACAACUUGUUAAGGACUUUACUAAGUCUGACUGUGUAAUUGUUUUGGCUGGAUCCAAUGAGUUUCAACAAGGGAUGCUGGCCAGAACACCACUUAUGGUUCAGCUAUUGGAAGGUAUGAAAAAUGAAUUAAGCAAUUUAAGAAAAGAAAUAAACGAGUUAAGAAAUGAAACAGGUGUUAAAAAUAGCAUGAUAGGAACAAUCCAAUCGAAAACAUUUGCAGAAGCUUUAAAAAGCAGAGAUGAAAGAAUGAAUGCACAAAUUAAAGCACAAUCCCCAUCUUUAAUUAUUAAACCUAAACAAAAACAAAAUUCUGAAAAAACGAAAAAUGACUUAAAAGAAAAAAUACAACCAAACCUACUGAAAAUUGGAAUUAAAAACAUGAGAGAAACAAAACGGGGGUGUGUUGUUGUCAAGUGCACAGAGAAGAAUGAUAUUGAAAAGUUAAAACAAGCCGCAGAAAAUAGCCUUGGGGGCGGUUAUGAUAUUGAGCUACCCAAAUUGAAUUCACCCAGAAUGAAAAUUGUGGGUUACAACGGUGAUCUUGCUCAAAAUGAAUUGGAGCAUACAAUAAGACAGCAAAAUGAAUGGAUAGAAGAUGGCGAGGAGUUAACAAUAAAUUUCAUCAAGAAGGUAACUACAUUUCGAGUAAACACUGCUUUAAGGAAAUUCCCUGGCCGGGCUUCCAUUGGUGAUCAGAGGGGCUUGAAGCAGGGAGGUAAAAACAAACUAACAGAUGAUAGAGUUCAAGCAGUUGUUAAUCAUAUUAAUAAAAUACCAAAAUACAGUUCACACUACCGCCGGGAACAAACAAACGCGGAAUAUUUACCUCCUGGUACCACAAUACAAAAAAUGUAUGACAUGUACAAAGAGGAAGAAAUCAAUCCAACAGCCAAAGAAGAAAUAGAUCACGAAUGUUUAAGUUUUGACUUAGAAAAAACCCUACCGCUUCCUAGAAUUCCUACAGGAAUUGUAUUUUAUAAGCGCCAGCUGUGGGUUUACAACGCAGGUAUACAUAGUGGUAAAGAAAAUAGAGGUUACUGCUAUGUGUGUGUAGAAGGUUCAGCUGGAAGAGGUGCUCAAGAAAUAGGCUCUUGCCUUAUUAAACAUGUAAAAGCUAAAGUUCCUAUAGGAGUUAAACAUCUUACCCUUUGGUGUGAUUCUUGCGGCGGGCAGAAUCGAAAUAUCAAAUUAAUACUUAUGCUCAAAUCAAUAUUGCAUGGUACAGAAACGAACUUAGAAACCGUUACCAUAAAAUAUCUUUGUUCUGGUCAUAGUUUCCUCCCCAAUGAUACCGACUUCAGUGAUAUUGAGUCAGCUCUUAAACGACAGCAAAGAUUGUACACUCCAAAAGAGUACAUCGAGGUAAUGCGUUCUUGCAGAAGGAAGACACCAUUGGUAGUCACCCAAAUGCAAACCGAAGAUUUUUUGGGCGUGAUGAAUGUUGAAAAAAAAAUUACAAAUCGCAAAAUUACAGAUGACAAAGAAAAAAUUAAUUGGUUGAAGAUUAGGGCCAUCAAAAUAGAUACAGCAACAUGA